AUGUUGAAAAAUACACAAGUUCGAAAAUCGGCGGUUUUGUGUUUGGAGAAGUAUUUGCCAUAUGUGGCCGAGGCGGAUUUUUCAGCAGCUAUUGAGAUUCUCAAGCGUUUGUGUCUUGAUGAAUCACAUGUUGUUCGAAAACAAGCAGCAGAUGCGAUUACUUGUCUUUUGAGUGGGAUUGAUGAAGGCUCAGAUCGAUGGCAUAUUGUGGCAAAUUCUUGGAUCCUCAACGUUUUCCCACUAAUUGGCGAUUCGGAUGCAACUGUUGCGGAACUCGUUGCAAAACUUGUUUUGGAAUUAGUUUUAAACCCAUUGAUUGAAGCCUCGAUGGGUAACGUGCAAGUGCGAGGACUAGCUGCUGAAAUUUUGAAAAGGAUUUAUCCUGGAUCAAGCAGUCGCUCUGAAUUCAUUCGUGCUCUAAGAGAACAGGCUUCUCACAAUCGACUUAACUCGAUCAUAGUCAACAAUGUUCAAAGACAGUUGGAAAAUAGCACUUCGGAGGAAGAUACGAGUGAAUUGUGGACCCUUUUUGAAUGUCUCGUUGUGGUGUUUCCGGACAAAAUCGAUUCGAAACUUGUGUUCAACAAGUGGUUUUCAUUCACUCAUCCACCACGACCACUUAUGAUGAAAAACGAUUGGAUUCCGACGCCGACGAUUCCUUAUGGGAAAACGGCAUCACUGCUACUCAGCAUUAUUCGACUCAUAAAGAAGAAAUUUUCUGCCGACGAGCGAAGACUGUUAUGUACGAACCUUGAGGAACAUUUGAAUGGAUACACGGUACCAACUGAUCUUAUCAAUGAAGUUUGGUUGACGUUGGCUACGUUGGCUGACCACCAGAAAAGCGGUGAUAUUAAACACGAAUCACCUGAAUUACAAUUGUUUGCUUCGAGGACGUAUCGUUUUGCUCUUCAAGUGAUCAAGAACAUAUGGAAGGCAUCUUGCAUAGAAGAACAAUUGACAUUUUUGAAAUAUCAAGUCGAAGAACAAGCAGAAACGUUUUUGGUUCGCAUGCUGAUUGGUACGGGUUAUGCUGCACAAUAUAAUUUGGAUGUCAUUUAUUUGCUGGAUCAAGAUGAAAUUGAUGAUAUACGAGAAGAGCCGCUCUUGAUCUCAUUCCUUCUCAAGAUCACGACCGAUUCUCUUUCUGAUCUACGUUUUCGACUAAAGGAGAGUCGAAAGAAUAUUAAACUUGACAAAGGGCGGCAUCCAUUUGGUCUUCCAACGAAAAGGAAUGGGAAAUGGGCUCCAGAGUCAGACUGGUUGAAGCAACGGCUUGUUCAUUCCGAUGUGGUGAGCAAUUUUCCAAUGAAGAAGUUCUCCGAUGGGAUUCGUGCAGCUGCCGCGAUCGCUAUUGGAACACAUUGUAUUUUUGAUGGAGAGCUGACUAAAGAGUUUCUACCAGAACUUAUCAAUGAACUACAAGCCAGUUCAUCUGCUGCCGUCCGGGCUAAUUUGCUGGUCCCAUGUUGUGAUAUGGUUAAAAGGUUUGCGGCAACAGACAUUCAAGGAUUACCGGAUGCGUUGGCUAUUGUUCUGUUGGAUCCUCAUCCACACAUUCGCGCUCAAUGUCUCCAAAUGAUGGCUCAUCUUAUCAAAGAACAAUUUGUUAAAUGGGAAGGAUUGAUAAUGCAUUUGUAUACAAUCAUGUGCAUCGAUGAUAGUCCAGAAACCGCCAGCUUUGCUCAAAGUUCUUUUCAGAAUGCUCUGUUGCCUAUAAUGGAUGACAUGCUCUACUCAAACUUUAUGGAGUUUUUACUAUUCUACAACAAUGCCCCUUACACUUGGGAUGAAGAGCAAGGACUUGUUAACGCAGCUCGGCGGCGUAUUCGAGUAGACGGCUACGGAAGCGAUGCAUCGAGGUUUAUUUGGCGGCAAACGAUCCUCCGAUUUAUUUUGUCAACAUUUACCGAUUUUCAAAGAUUUGGAACAAUGGUUCGCAUGUGUAACGAUAUCAUCAUGCAGAUUGCUAAAGGAGGCUCGGACAUCACGGACUACACAAUUUCAAAUCUUGUAAACGAUUGUCUGGAACUAAUGUCGUGUGAUGAGAUGUCGUUUUCCUAUACAUUAGGCAAAAAGACAGGUGCGGAUGGUGGAGAUCCCGAUGACGAGCCCAAUGAUGCUAUUCAUGCAAAAGCUACUGAAGCUCUAAUGACGGCGUAUCGAAAUGGAUUACAACAAAAAAUUUUGCCUGUGCUUUUUGAUGUUUUGUUUAUUUUCGAAAAAAAGCGUUUGGGAGCAUUUGCAAGAAAAACAUUGUUCACGAUCGAGCUUCUUUGCAAGGAUCACAUCGAACACGUCGACACAAUGAUUAUGGCACUUUGUCCAGGAAGAGCAAAGCAAAUACUGCAGGAAAUGACGGAUCCAAAAGGUCUUGUACAAAAAGAGCUUGCUUUGAGAAAGCGUGAUGAGGAACGAGAUCGUGAAGCGGAUCUACAAUUGUUACUGGCAAAUCUUCAAAAUAAAAAUGUCCCACCAACCACUCCGUUUGCUCUGAGAACACCGAGGGUUAAGCGAGCAACGAUGAUGCAUGGUGCAAUGGUGGAAGAACCGGUGAAUCAAACCUUUGCGACCCAACAAAUCAAAGAAGAAGAAGAAGAAAAUCGUCCGAACUUGACCAGUACACCAUUGCAAACAGCCCUCCGACCGACGGCACCGUUGAAAGCCUUGACGAUUGCCGCAAUUCGAAACGACAAUCUCCGAUUUGUAGUGGACGCAUUGACACCAAAAUCUAAACAAAGGCAAGAACAGGCAGUUCCCACUCCGGUUCAACCAUCUUUUGCCGCAAAUCUUGCAAACAUUGACGAAGAUGAGUCCGACGAGCUUCCUACAAUCAUUCCCCCCCGAAGAUUUUCAGUUGUCACUAGUCCGAAAACAACUGCUACGAAAGAGGAAACAAUGGACAGUUUAGCAACAGCUCUUGCCGCCACAAAUACGUCACCAGAUAAUGAGCCGAUGGAGGAAGCUAUUGAAAGUUCGACCAAGAAAUCUGGUGGCGAUGACUCGAUUAGCUCGCGUUUAAAGUCAAGGAAGCGCCGAUCAUUGAACCAGAGUAGUGCUAAAGUCGAACAGACAAAAGAGCCCAAUCUUUCCACUGAUCAGGCCUCCACGUCAGUGUUGGAAGUUUCGGCAACUGAGCAAAGGCAAUCGAGAAGGAAAUCAUCAAUUAAUGUGAAUCCAAUUGUCACGAUACGAAAAGUACCACUGAAGGGCGAAACUGGGGAAGAAAAAGAAAAUGAGGUUGGAUCCAACCUACCAGUGCAACAACCAACUCUCAACAUUAUGAAUGACGAAACGAUGAUCGGUGGACGAGCUUUUUCUACGCCAAAUAAAGAUCCAAAUGCCAUGGAAUUGACAUUUGCAGGACUUGAUUUUAGUGUGAUCGCGAAAGAGCCAGGAACUGCUCGCACACGACGAGUGAGACCAUCGACUUCUGAGCAAAACGAU